AGCUGAGGCGGAACUGUUGUCGCGGCUGAUGUUGUUUUUUUUUUCUCCACAUUGCUGAUCAGCUUCUCUCCGAGCUCUGAAUGUUUCUAACAGUCUGAAAAUGGAGCAGAAGCUCGCUGAGUUCAGAGCGCGGAGGAGAGCAGAGGCUAACGCGAAGGAAAAUCUCCAAAAAGACACAAACGAAGAGCUGAACGACCAGAGUAAUGAACCGGCGGAGCGGCCAGACUCACCAGAAACACAGAGAGGACCGCACACAGAGGAGAAGCACACACACCAGCAGAAAGGCCCAGACUGGCUACUGGACAGUGCCCUGGGCCGCUGGCUGGGUGUGCAGCGGUUGGCCUUUACUAAUCUGACCCUGCUAAAAGUGCUGCUGUGGCUGGUGUUACUUGGCCUCUUUUCUGAGCUUGACUUUGGAUUGCCAUUCUUUCUCAUAUCUCUGUUCUACUGGCUCUACGAGGGUCUGCGGAGUCCCACUGUAAGGCAACCAGGAGAGCUCAGCGCUUACUCUGUGUUUAAUCCUGACUGCCAGCCAAUCCUGGGUACUUUAACUGCUGAACAGCUGGAGGGAGAGAUGGGGUACAGACCCAUGGCCAACAGAGUUCGGUCAUGAUAAACUGAAACCCUGUGAGAACUGUGAGAAAUGGACUUUGGACUGCCAUAUACAUAUAUGAAUUCACAUUCAUGUAUGCAAUGCAAAAAGUGCCAAACCCUUAUCUGAGUGCCUUAAUUACAUACAACUUGUCUUUCCAUGAAAGACUGUUAAUAGCAAGUUAUGUAAUUAAAACUCUGGCAGUGCUAAAAGUAGGACAGGGCAGCAUAGAUUAAUGUCUAUGCUGUAAAUUAAAAGAGAAAAUGUAUAUUUAUUUGAUAUUACUUGAAAUUAACAGUUUUAAUUGACAUCUCUUCUAAACAAAUCAUCAUAAUACUUGUGACACACACCAAAUCCAGAUUGGUUCACACUUUAUAUUCUGGUGAAUGCAUGUAUACAUGUAUUUUACCAGUCACAAAUGUGAAUCAAUAGGAUUGUUUGUUUGUUUUCCACCUUGAAAGUAUAUUGAUUAAUAGAUUUAUGAUUAAAUAAUUUGUUUAUAUUAAAGUAGAGUGAUGGUGAUUAAUUCCUGUUCCUCAUACAAUGUUCCUCAUACAACAGCUAUCCAGAUACAAAAAAAAAUCUGCUUAAGAAAACAGAAGAUUAUUAAUAGCUAAUUUUAAUGUUUCUUUAUAUUAUUGCUUUCAAUGUUGGUGCGAUAUUUGGAAAUUUUUAAUUUACAGAUUAUAGUGACACAGUAGUGGUAGCAAUAUAAACACAGCAACACUACUCAGUAAUUCAGCCUAUUACAAUAUUCUAGUUUAAAAAGCACAAAAACUACCCUGAGAUUAUAAAACAGUAAAAAAGGGUCUAGUCUGCCAGACACACCCCACUACACUAUUACACGUUCACAUGUGUGCAAACUUGAGCAGGAGAGGUAAAACAUGUCUCAACCUAUAUAGUACAAUACUGAUGAGGACGUAGGGAUCUAUUCACACAGCAAUAGUCAUUGACGAAU